AGAAUUUGCAUUCUUCUAACAAGUUUCCGGCGAGGAAAGACUCCUUCCUGUCUUCUUCUCCUCCGCAAGUCGAGCAUCACUUGAUGGAAUCGAAGAUUACGACCGCGUCUACUCCUCCUCCAACUCCAACUCCAACAAACCCUUUCUUCUGCUUGAAAUGGCCAUGGGACUCUUCAAACAAACAACCGAAAUCUCAAAGCGUCUGCGACUUCCAAGGACCGUGGCUUUUCAGAUCUAUGCAGAGCGUCGGUUCGAUCGCUCUCGCCUCCUUCAACUCGUUCGGGCUCGGUCACGGUGGACCAAAGAAGAAGCCUUUAAGAAGCGCUUCAGAGCAAGGGGAAGCAGAGCAGAGAGCUUUCGCAGCUGCGUUAGCCAGCGAGAAGGACGCGACCGUGCUCGAGUUUUACUCGCCUAAGUGCAGACUCUGCAACUCUCUGCUCGGCUUCGUUCUGGAGGUUGAGAAAAGGAACUCGAAUUGGCUCAGUGUUACCAUGGCAGAUGCGGAGAACGAGAAAUGGUUUCCCGAGCUUCUUCACUAUGAUAUAAAGUAUGUACCUUGCUUUGUUUUGUUGGACAAAAAUGGACGAGCUUUGGCCAAGACAGGUGUUCCUAGUAGCCGGGCUCAUGUUAUCGCCGGUAUCUCUCAUCUUCUUAAGAUGAAGCGCCCACCUACAGUCUGAGAAGACCAUUCUUGUGUAUGAUUUGUUUCUGAUACACUAAUGUUGUGGAAGAUUAUGGUGAAAAUACAUGUCUUUGUUGUACAUAUGGGUUUUCACUAUGGUUGCCUUCUGUUUUGUUGGCGUUAUGUCUUUAAAAAGGUGAAAAUCAAUUUCACGA